CUCUAGCUCAGGACCUGGCCAAUGGAGACCCGGGCUUGUUUGUGCAGCUUUCGGUGCGAAAAUAAAAGCAGGAAUCUGCGCUGAAGAGAGAUGUUGAUGCAAAGAAACAAAAGAUUGAGUAUAGUCUAAAGUCUACAGUAUAUAGCUGUUAUUUGUUUUUUGAGAAUAACAACUACAGAUUUUAAGUCAAAGACAGAGUCCAGUCAGUGGAGAGGCAGGCGACCUUGUUCGUGGUUCCAGACACUCAGGCCACCAGCCCUCCUUUGUUCUACGUUCCCGUUGUGCAUCUCUUCUACCUGUGAAGAUGGCACCCUCCCUGGCCACAGCCUUCUCCAGGCGCUGGUGGAUGGCUGUGACUGCAGUCAUAGAGAACCUGCUGUUUUCUGCUGUGCUGCUGGGCUGGGGCUCCCUGCUCAUCAUGCUCAAGUCUGAAGGCUUCUACUCCUACCUCUGCAGAGAACCUGGUAACAGCACCAGUCAAAACCAGUCUGAGCCAGUCCUGGUUGGGGAUGAAGAGGGGAUCACCCAGAGCCUCGUGGUGGAGGAGGAGUACCUCCAGAUGAAUGGCUGGCCCAUCUGUAAGGACCAGGAUGAGAUGCUGAACUUGGCCUUCACCGUGGGCUCUUUCCUCCUCAGUGCCAUCACCCUUCCCCUGGGCAUUGUCAUGGACAAGUAUGGCCCCCGCAAGCUCCGGCUGCUCGGCAGCACCUGCUUUGCCUUCUCAUGUAUCCUGAUCGCUUAUGGAUCGAGCGACCCCAAGAAUCUGUCCAUCCUCAUAUUCUUUGCUCUGGCACUGAACGGAUUCGGAGGAAUGUGCAUGACCUUUACUUCCCUCACGCUUCCCAAUAUGUUUGGUGACCUUCGUUCCACCUUCAUCGCUCUCAUGAUUGGAUCGUAUGCAUCCUCCGCUGUCACCUUCCCUGGGAUCAAGGUGAUCUAUGACCUAGGAGCCACCUUCAUCACCAUCCUGCUGGUGUGGGCUGCCUGCGCUGGCCUCGUCUUCAUCAACUGCUUCUUCAACUGGCCCCUGGAGCCCUUCCCUGGACCUGAGGAUAUGGACUACACUGUGAAGAUCAAGUUCAGCUGGCUGGGCUUUGACCAUAAGAUCACUGGAAAGCAGUUUUACCGCCAGGUGACCACGGUGGGGAGACGACUCAGCGUGGGGAACAGCAUGAAGCAAAACCCCACGGAGCUGGCCCUACAGGAGGGCAACAAGCUGUGUCUCUCCACCGUUGACCUGGAGGUCCAGUGCAAGUCCCAGGAGGAAUCCCAGUCCUUCAUGAAGAGUAUCCUGAGUCCUAUCUUCAUGCUCAGCCUGAUCACCAUGUGUGUCACCCAGCUGAGGCUUAUCUUCUACAUGGGAGCCAUGAACAACAUCCUCGAGUCGCUGUCCGACAGAGACUUCAGCACAGAGGAGAAGAUGGAAGUAGUGAGUGUGUACACCUCCAUUUUCGGAGUGCUGCAGCUGCUCUGUCUGAUGACCGCUCCUGUGAUCGGGUACAUCAUGGACUGGAAGCUCAAAGAGUGCGAGGAUGAGAACGCGAAGCCGGGCACAAGAGAUCUCACCCAGCCCAAGCGUCGGGACAGACAGAUCCAGAAGAUCACCAACGCCACCCGGGCCUUCAUCUUCACCAACCUGCUACUGAUAGGCUUCGGGGUCACCUGCCUCGUCCCCAGCCUCCCUCUCCAGAUUCUAUCGUUUAUUCUGCACACCAUUGUGAGAGGAUUCAUCCACUCUGCAGUUGGAGGGCUCUAUGCUGCUGUGUACCCGUCGUCUCAGUUUGGCAGUCUGACAGGCAUGCAGUCCCUCAUCAGUGCCCUGUUUGCCCUGCUGCAGCAGCCCCUCUUCAUGGCCAUGAUGGGCCCUCUGAAGGGAGACCCCCUAUGGGUCAACGUGGGCCUGCUGGGGCUGACGGUGCUGGGCUUCUGCCUGCCUCUCUACCUGCUCUGCUACAGCCGCCAGCUCCAACGCCAGAAGCAGGAGCGCGAGGAGGACCCCAAGAUCUACGUCCAGAUCAACAACGGCAGCACGCCCGAGGCCUUCGUCUAGAGAGACCGACUGACGGACGGAGAUUUUUUUUUUUUCAACAAAGAGAAGGAGGAACGGAGAGAGUGAGGAGGGGAGAGGUCACAGGUGUGACUGAACUGUAUGAUGAAUCGCAACCUCACCCACCAACUCCGGUCCCUCUAACCGUCUGCACUUGCACUCAGACGAUACUCUCUCUCACACACACACACACACGCGCGCACACACACACACACACACACACACUUCAUGUCCCUUACAUUCCCCCCUCACACACAGACACAGACACACAUACGAACACAUACACGCACACACACACACACAUACACAUGACACACACACACAUACACAUGACACAUACAGUAUAUGAUCACAAAUCUCAGAGAACUACUAUGAUAAACACACACACACACACACCUUUACACUCCCCAACACAUCAUCGACUAUGUACACUGUGAAAGAAACGCAACAACACACACAUCCACGGUUCCUUUCCCAGGGACACACCACUAAACGGACAUUGUUCAUCUUCUCACAACUGGAAUGAGAAAGGACAACCGCUGGUCUGUGAACUGAGGAGAAAGGAGAGAAAAGGGAGGAGGAUCUUCACGGCGUUCUCCUCCCUUCCAGUCUCCCCUUUCUUUCAGUUCUCUGUUGUUUUUUUUUAUUUCAUUUUUGUCAACGAUGCCAUGCUCACUCUUGCCUGCCUGUCAGUGCAAAAAGAGGACACUGGUUCUCCGUGUCGCCCAGCAAAAAGAACCAGAGAGGAAGCAAGCAUUCAACGCCAUGUUGAAGUCCUCCUCACAGUUAUGAUCCCCCACCACCAGUGUUUUUACGUGUGUUUUCAGUGAUGCCAGUAACGACAUCGCCUCACUUUCUAAUUCUGAUUCAACUUAGUUUCAUACUGCACUGGAGGUCCUCUACUUCACACCCUGAGAACUGGUUUUAUGAUUAGGACGUUAUUGGAGCGUUAUUGGAGCGUUAUUGGAGCGUUAUUGGCGAUAGGUCUGUAUUUUUCUCCGUGGUUGUUACACGCCAAUGCCUCUCUAUCGUCGCAAGUGGUUUGAACUAGAAGUAAAUGGUGCUAAGAGUUCAUACCGCCAUAACGUUCCCAUUAGGUUCUGUAACGUUGCCGUAAUGUUGGGGAUAGUCAUCAUUGUAAAUGAAUUGGUAAGAAUGGAACCUCAUACAACCUUCAGAAGCUAGUCGACGUAAUCUUCUCAUCUAGCGAGUGUUCCUUCCAGUGUCUCAAAGACCAAACCUGGUGACUCAGUCUUCGAGUUUUGUUGUUGAAGACAACAGAGGCGUGGAGGGUUAAAGCCACAGAGAAGCUGUCGUUUGAAGACUGUUCCAACAGCUCUAGGGAGACAAGAAAGCAAAGGCUUGUUUUUUUGUAACAUCAGCACUCUAGAUAAAAGCCUGAGUCGAUAGCUGUGCUUUGAGCCCAUUUGAGUAAGUGAUUAGGCCAACGGGUUUCCAGUGUGCAGGCCAGCGUUUUACUUCUAGGGAAUACUAUGUGACUGUGCUAGUGGCUGUGCGUCAAGCAAAAGCAUGGCACAGGUUGAAACAAACCUCUUACCAGUUAUAAUGUGCCACAACAACAUAGGCUACAGCACAGCUACACUCUUACAAAAAAGGGUUCGAAAAGGCUUCUUCGGCUGUCGCCAUAAGAUAAUCCUUUUUGGUUCCAGGUUAGAACCCUUUUUGGUUCCAGGUAGAACCCUUUUGGACAGCCGAAUAACCCUUUUAGGUUCUAGAAUGAUAAUCAUUUGUUUUCUAAGAGUGUAGGCUUGGUUAUCAAGCUCCAAUGCAUGGGCCUAUAUCACUCUCACCGGAUACACUGACUGGUCUUGUAUUGGCAGUCCUCUUUGUAGUGCAGAAUGAAUUUCUUAUUGAAAAAGUAAUAGUUUUAUCAACUGUAUUUUACCUGCAAUAUGAUACUGACAUACCCUUCAAGGUUUUGUUCUGUUUCAAGACAAAUGUGUUUUGGUACAAAUGGUUUGACGAGAUAUGGUUUUAGAUAGAGAGGAGAUGUGUAGUUUAAGGUGAACUGUGGUUGCUAUGGGCUUAUUACAUGGCACUGUUCUACACUACCUGAAUUACAUUGAUGCAUUUCAAUUCUGAUUUGCUGUAGCAAUAAGUACUUCUCUGAGUUGCUGAGCAAUCCUCUACUUUUCCCGGCAACACAUAACCCUAUGAACAAACACUGUUGUCCAACCACACACAUACAGACACACAAUGCAAGAAUGUGGAUUGAUAUAAUGCAAUGUUUAUUACAAAGGUGCUUCUCAAUGACAGGAACGUAGACUAGUUCAUCUAUCUAUCAAUCUAGCUAUGGUCUCACCUACAAAGCCUCACUUUGUGGUGACAAAUUACUUGAAUUAUUGAAUUCCAACUUGAAGUUUGAUUCACUUUUUGAUUCAGAAAGGGAGACAGAGAGAUGCUUGAAUAUGAUAUCUGUUUCUAAAUCCACAUUCUUGCAGCUGUUGUGAACAGUGUGAUCGUGGGACCCAGGUGGGCGGGCAGGCAGGUCAUGACAGGACUUUAUGUUCCUGAAUGAUCUGUUGCGAUUAACAUAUACCGGAGAGAGAGAGCGUGACAACUUGAUUGGUGUAGCUCUACGUCCGCCGAUGCAGUAUUUAGACUGGACGGGACACCUGCUUUUCCUCAGUCACUCACAGAAGCACUUCCAAAGACAGCCAUGUAACCAGCAGAUUGCCACUCUGUGUGUAGAUGAUUUGAGAUGUUGGUGCCCCACCCUCUCUCAUCAUGACCCAUCACGUUGAUCCAUCCAUGUCCAAACCACUAUCCUGACCUGUUUCUCUACUGCAGUCUCACCCAAACACAACCACCCACCCAAGAGAUCCUUCACAUACUGGCGACGGAACUGAGAGACAAUGCUAGAAUCCCCAAAAGCUUCAUGAAUGAAAUAAGUGAGAACUGAAUGGCACAUAUGCACCUUAGUCCUCUUAUCAGGAUCUCAUUGCUAUUAUUCUGAAUGGCCUGCACUGAAAUAUAACAUAGACAGUGCACCACUUGCUAGUUCUGCAUGUUAGCAUAGAAUGUAUUCCCAGUCUGUUUUUUUAUUCAUAGAGAAAUGACAUUGGAACUGCAAGAAACGGUUAUUUUUAUAUUCAGUCAAAGUUACUUACCUUGAGUGGUCUUAGUCUCUCCUCUUGUAUGCCCUGUCCAGUAGGUCCCUGUCCCGCAAUGUAGAAUGGCUCCUUGCUACUGCUCUUUGGGCCUGUCUGUUUGGGUCUCUUGGUUUCAAGGAUCUACACACACACACACACACACACACUGAUAGAGAAACAGGUCUAGGCAUCCUCAACAUCCUUACAUUGAACAUCACUCUACUUGUCGUUUACAUGAAUUUAUUUUGCAAAAGGAGGAAAGACUUGUGGGGAGAAUUCAUGUAUAGCCCUGGAUAGACUGGUUCUUGUGGCUUGAACAUAUGACUAGAGAUUGCAGGUGGAUUCUGAUAAUGAUGCUAUACUGUACUCCAGCACAAUGAAUGUGGGGUUGGGAUGAUCUUCAUUCCCUCAGUAUGGGAGAAUCAGCACUUUUUACACUGCCAUACCUUAAACUGUCAUUCUACUCAGAAUGCCAUCACCGUAGUUCUUUUCUAGACGUGACAUCUUUUUACUACUAUCCCCUUCCCUUGGACGUAAAGUGUGAUUGAUUGACUGUUUUAUUCUCUGACGACGAAAGACGAGCAAUGAUUUUUGGAUAGAAGGUUUUAAUGAUUGUGUGUCACCUUUAGACAUUGAUCGGGAACUUCAGCUGAAACACCAAUGUUUUUCCCUGACUUGUACCUUAUUUUUUUACUGAAAUGUUUAUUUUGUUGUUUUACAUUCUCCUUUUUGGUGUUUGUUUCAAUAUGUAUUUAAUGUCUAUAUGCUGUAUAUUGGAGCUCAUUUUUGUUGUUGUCUUCUAUCACAUUAUAGCCAUUGUUAUUGACAUUUUGAGUCGUUGUCUAAAUGAGAAGAAAAAAAAAUCAAUAUAUGAAAGAAUAAACAGAAACAGAUUAAUUUGUAA